CCUAAUUUAGUUUAUUUCGGAGGAGAGCGUCAAGUGAAUCGGGUUAUUUCGGAAUUCUUAACUGGAAACUUUCUCAGUGUAACGAGCAAUGGCAGGCGAGGUGGAGGAGCGAGGGUCAUGGGGAGGCAAGUUUGAGUUCCUGCUGUCCUGUAUAGGCUACGCUGUGGGUCUGGGAAACGUUUGGAGGUUCCCCUUCCUGUGCUAUAGGAAUGGAGGAGCCACGUUCCUUAUCCCGUACGUCAUCAUGUUGGUGGUGGCUGGUCUGCCGUUAUUCUUCCUGGAGCUGGCGGUGGGCCAGUUCGCCUCCGAGGGGCCGAUCACAGUGUGGAAGGUCAGCCCGGCGUUCCAUGGUAUUGGGUUUGCCAUGGUGACCAUCAGCGGCAUGGUGUCCAUCUACUACAACGUCAUCAUCAUGUACGCCAUGUACUACAUGUUUGCCAGCUUCGUCAACCUGGAUGGCUCAGUUCCCUGGGAGAACUGUGGUAAUCCCUGGAACACCAACUCCUGCAGGACGGAGCCCUACCCCUACCUGGAUGGCAUGACGGAGGGAAACAGAACCAUGACGUUGUUCAAGGAGCUGUACAACAAACCGUGCGUGAACGACCUCCUCGUCAACAUCUCUAACGCCUACAACUACAGCUUCACCACCGUCGACGAACUUAACUCAACCAUGAUACAGAACAAGGACAUUACCAAGGACUGCAAGAUCACCUAUACAACAGCCAGCGAGGAGUAUUGGGAGCGCUACGUACUUCGUCUACAUGAAUCUACUGGGCUUGAUGACCUAGGAGGCUUCAGCUUGAAGAACGGUGUCUGUCUCUUCUUAGCCUGGCUCCUCAUCUUCUUCUGUCUCAUGAAGGGAAUUAAGUCUUCCGGCAAGGUCGUGUACUUCACCGCCACCUUCCCCUACAUCAUCCUUGUGGUCCUGCUGAUCCGAGGCCUGACUCUGGAGGGAUACGAGAAGGGCAUCACAUUCUACAUGACUCCACAGAUCCACAGGCUGAAGGAGGCCAAGGUAUGGGGAGAUGCAGCCACUCAGAUCUUCUACUCCCUGGGAGCUGCAUUCGGUGGGCUGUUGACCAUGGCCAGUUACAACAAGUUCAAAAACAAUUGUGAACGAGAUGCCCUCAUCGUCGCCUUCAUCAACUGUGGCACCAGUGUGUUCGCGGGCUUUGCCAUCUUCUCCCUCCUUGGUUUCAUGGCGCACACCACCAACCAGGACGUGGAGAGCGUGGUCGACCAAGGUCCUGGUCUCGCUUUCAUUGCUUACCCAGAAGGCAUUGCUAAACUUCCGGUGUCACCACUGUGGGCCUUCCUGUUCUUCUUCAUGUUGCUCACCCUUGGUUUGGACAGUCAGUUCGCUAUGAUGGAGACGCUGAUCAGCGGCAUCAGUGACAUCUUCCCACGUGUCCUGAGGAAGCACAAGACUCCUUUCACUGCCUUCUGUUGCCUCAUUGGUUUCCUGCUUGGACUGCCUCAAGUUACAAAGGGUGGUAUUUACAUGCUGACACUGAUGGACUGGUACUCUGGAAGCUACAACCUGAUGCUGGUGGCUCUGACGGAAAUCAUCUGUCUUAUGUAUGUCUAUCCUUUAGUGGGUUGGUUCUGGCCACAGCACCAAGGUAAACGAAGUUACAUCCCGUUCUUGGAGGACAUCGAGAUGAUGAUUGGCCACAAACCCAACCCCUACUGGGUCAUCAACUGGGUCUUCCUGACCCCUGUCGUCAUCGUUUUCAUCGUGAUUGUGUCAGCCACUCAGUAUGCCCCGGCCAACUAUGGUGAAUACAUCUACCCGCCGUGGGCUGAGGGGAUUGGCUGGUGCAUGGUUGUCGCCCCCCUUGUUAUGAUAUUCCUCGUCAUGAUAAUACAAGUGUGCAGACUGGGGCCGAGAAAAGCCUUCAGCCCGACGAGAAGCUGGGGACCCGCCAACCCCGAGGACCGAACAGGAAAAUAUGCUGCCAUUUCUGGCAAUGUUACCGUUGGGUUUUCUAACGAGAAGGGAAACGCCUACGUCAUCAACGACAUGGAUACCGAGAAAGGCCACCCCCCUCCCUACACCAACGGCGGAACAGACAACGCUGCAUACUACAACGAGCGAAUGUAACCGUGACGUGCAUAGUGCUUACAGGAACACCCUUGAGCCUGACUUUAGUGUGUGUUUUGUGUAGGCUUUGGCCUACAUCGUGCUGUAGACGGUAGACGGAGUCAUGCAAUUGUCCGUGUAUGAUCAAAUAACAAAUCAUUUGUGUACAUAUCAUAUUUUAAUGGUUUACUUGUUUUCAAAAUGAAUUUCUAUUCAUUAAAGAAUUCCCCACUCAAUAGAAUAGUGUCAAGAUAUAAAUGUGUUGUAUUCUUCUACGGGUUCUUAUAUGCUGCGCUUCAUGUUGCAAAAUGAGAAAUUAUUAUACAAGAAAUAAUAUUGUGUAAAAAUCUCUUUCUAUGAUUCAAAGAGUUUUUUUGGUUUUUGUUUUAAAAUAUUUAUAUUUCAAUUUAUGAUUCUAAGAGUUAGUCAUAGUUACAAUAACAUGCCUUGGUCGCUGUAAUAUGUCCUCUAAGUGUUAUGUCCCUCGUGCACAUCCAUAGAACAUUGUCAACGUUAUAUAUCACAUUUAAUGACUCGAUAUUAUAUUUCAAGCUAACUGCUCAACUCCCUUAAUACGUCAUGUUUUACUUGUACAUAAUAUACAUACUUCAUCUUUUACAAAUCUGUCUUUUUAUGUCAUUUCUAUAUAUGAAUCUCACUAUAUUUGGCAAAAUAUCUUAUUUUUGAUAAUGUUUUCAUGUAUAAAAUCUUGAGAAAUAA